CCCCCGACAACGCUGAAAUUGUGGAUCCGUGCACAUGCUUUGCUGUAUUUUUUGUUGCGCUCCAUGUUCGCGUGACGCUUGAUGCUUUGCCAGAUCCGACCAGCGCAGCUUCAGUGUUUGCCCGUCUCAGCUCCUGACUCAGGAUCUUGUGCACUUCGUCGAUAACGCUUCCACUGUGUCUUGGUGCCUAAACAGAUAGCUGUUUUACGCUAAAACUUCUGGUCUACUUGUAGACUUUGGCUGCUGAAGAGCCAAGUGAAGAGGCACGUGAUACUCACCGUUCGUAUCGCUGAACGUGCGGUGGAGAAGACUUGAUCGUCAAGGGUCUCCGAAUUGGAUAUGGAUUGUUGGCAUGGGAGAAUAGCGAUCUAAUACAAAAAGAGUCUCGGAGUGAAGGAUCGAACAUGGGAAGAGUCAAGCUCGCGUUGUUAACAGCGUUGGUGUCCAUGACUGUGGUGCAGGCGAUUCCAGGGUGGGGCGACAUUGGAGCUGCUCAUGGUGCACCAGCUCUACCAAUGUUGCUAUCUCAACUACCGGAGCAGUUUGGACGUCGCGAUACCGACAGCGAUCCAACCAAGAGGUUUCCGUGGCGUUCACUAGCGCAGGGUGACGAUACUGACGACAAGUUGCGUGUGCGCUCUCGUAAACUGCCACCGUUUGACGUCCUAGAUGCGAAUCACGACAAUUCCAUCAGCCAAGACGAGUGGACGGGAUACGUGAACAAGUUGCGAAGCAAGGCUCUUGAUAUCAUUAACAAGGGCACCGACUCGACUGCCAAGGGAUAUCUGCUCGACAUUGCCAAGUUCCACUACGAUAACCUCAACAAUUGUAUCCUAGCGGAACUUCUCGCGUUGAGCAGCACUAACUUUACUGAGAUCAAGGCGGAGCUCGAGCACCGCUGCUACGUCAAGUUCCGUUACUCGCUGUUUGCCGGGCCUCCUCCGUUUGAACUCGUCUCCAAUUCCGCUCCUACUGUUCAAGCUCAUGAGUUCGAGACAUGGUUCUCUGCUCAACUAGACAUUGCUCGUCACGACAUGCAAGAACACCGCGUAUACAAAAUGACCGACAACGAUCAACUACGUCUGGAACAACUCGUGGCUUGUGCGCACAAGAAACUUGGUCCUUGGGUACGUAAAACUGUUUUAGCGCUUCGCUUACAACAUUUUAACAUGUAAAAACUCUCACUUUUCAGGACGAAACGGCCUUAAACCGCGACCAGUUCUACGAUGCUCUAACAGAAAUCGUUCGUUGCGCCUAACUCGACCACGACGUACGUCAAGCAACGUUGUGGAAGCUGGACGCUCGAUUUAUUGCCUUUACUGCAGGAUAACAUGCCAUGUUUUAAUCCAAAACCAAUGAUUAAACUCGUUGAAAACCGAG